UCUACAUAAUUCAUUUCGUAGGGUUUCUUGUAUCUUUAGUCAUGGAUAAAAGCAACUGAACUAGAUCAUUCAGCACAUAUGUAAACCCGCGAACUAAUACUCCACACAUCGGGAGAUCUCGUGUAGAAAAUAUUUUCUAGUGACAACCAGUCGAUGUCUUACCACUCCCACAAAAAACAACAUUUGUGUUUCUAUUCUCUUGUCUUCUGAACACGUUUGCAUAUCAUGUCAAGUUCUUGAUGCGAUAUAAAAUGAAUGGUUCCUUUAAAAAAUGCUUAAUUGGCCAUGUAAGUGCCACGAAAACAAGUUUGAUGACGCGCUCUCGGCCCUUGACAUGUUUACAGUACAUGUCAUGACAUGCUACCACCCAAUAUUGGCUGCCUGAACACUCCAUGUCAGUCAUGCCAUGUUUCUAACUAUAAUCUACUUUCAGUCUUCCCCUUUCCAGGUAGCAAAUGUUUCGAAACAAAUAGUUUCUGUGUUUACAGUUGGGGGUUAGCGUUGCAGUGGUUCAAGCGCCUGUCACCAACAGUGUGCAGACUGGGUGGAGUGGGUUUGAAGAGCAAAGAAAAUUAAGAUCAUGUCUAAGAUGAUAGCGUAGACAAAACCUUGACCAAGCUGCUAAACUAAAAUAAAAUAAAGACAUUUUGAAGUUUAUGAACGCUACAUAAGAUAGUGAAAUAUCCUGUUGUUUACAGCACAGUGUUGAAUAUUCGACUAUAUUCAACUAUAGGGAAUUGUUGGAUACGAUAGUGAACAAGGUAUGAGUAGGAUGUGUCAGAUUCUGCGAAGCUCGAGGAAAACGGACUGAAGAAUUCGGAAGAGUUGUACAUCUUGAUCAUACCAUUAUUUUUGACUAUCUUGAAAAAUGAUAUUUUUAAGCCGAAACACUUAGACAAAAGGAGCAUGAAGGACGCCGGAAAUAAGAAUUAUAUGAAACUCAUGAGAGCAAAUAAAGAAACAGGGGUACAGGGAAGUGAACACGAAAACUGAACACCAAGCAGACGACUCACCACAUCAUGGCUUCCCACGAACCUCAAAUUGUCAACUCACUAACAACCUGUGAACUCGCGUUAAAAGAGCUUACAAAAGAAUCCUACCUGGCUGUUGAUGGAGAAGGUGUGAGUCUCAGCAAGACCGGUCCUUUAACCCUCCUGCAGAUAGGAACUAAAGAAGGACAGGUCUAUCUCUUUGAUGUCCUCACUGAGCCACGAAUGCUUAAGACAGGUGGACUGAAAGCAAUUCUGGAAAGUGAUACCAUCGUCAAGGUGAUACAUUCCAGUACGAACGACGCCGAGGCGCUGUACUGGCAGUUCGGGGUGAAGCUGCACAACGUGUUUGACACGCAGCUGGCUCACAUGGAGCUGCAGCGAGCCGAGGGACGACGUUACCCCAGCCGCAUGAAGCUGGCCGAGGUGUGUGAAGUCUACUGCCAUCAGAAAGCAGCCCUCUUGCAGGAGAAAGAACAAGUACAGACACACUGGAGCAAACUUGAAGGCAGUUUUUGGGCAAAGCGACCGUUAAAACCAGAAAUGAUCAACUACGCAGUCAUGAUGUGCUGGUCCUCAUUCCGGAAGUGUAUUCGGCAAUGAAGAGCCUAGUGGAGUCCAAAGGCCUGACAAGGCAGCUGAACGAACGAACUCGUGAAGACAUUGAGGCGACAAUGGACAAGCAAGUGAAGGACAGAAUGGAGAAAAACGAACAAGCUUUGGUUCUUCAGAUUCUUCGGGAUUUUGCAAAGACCUCUCCCCCUCCAGAUCGUCUGUCAGACAUCAAAGAUGAGGAUGUAUUAAACGCAAUCUCUAAGUUACCGUGUGGUGACUUGAAGACGGAGGGUUUGCCGACUAACAUCCGAAGUCUCAAGAUUCAGACACUCAGAAGCAGAGUCGAUGAAGUAGAGAAGGAGCUAAAUGAAAAGG